GAACGAGCGCGGGGCCGGGCGCACAGGAGUAAAAAGGAGGCGGCGGCCGCGUCUGCGAGCAACAGAUCCGGGCGACGCGAGCUGACCUCGUCUGCUGCUGCCCUUUUUCGUUCUCUCUUUCUUUAUUUUGGAGUUUCAGAAAAAAAAAUUAUAUUUGGAAGACAUUAUCUUUUUUUUUUUUUUUCGUAAAUGGCGCUGGCCCCGGGUCAGCGGGCGGUUUUCUCUGCACCAAGAUGGGCUUUGCCUUUUCCGUCGUGGGCACCCGUGGUGGCUUGAUUGUCAGUCCUCUCCGGGCAUUUUUGAGGCCGGGAGCCGAGCACUGCACGUAGGCGACUCGCCCUCCGGAGCGGCUGGGCGUCUCGGAUUGGGACUCGGGGGGCAGAGUGCAGUCAAUUGCGAGCACCGCGUGCUUUCUGCAAAACCGGCGGCGAGCCGGAGGUAGGUCGCUCGCAGGGUGAAACCGCUCCCGGGCUGAGCGAGCCCGGCCCCGUGCGCAGUGCAGCCGCCCCGAGAGCCUGUCCUGUCCCCGCCGCGCCGGGAAAAUGGAGGCUGUGAUCGAGAAGGAAUGCAGCGCGCUUGGAGGCCUCUUCCAGACCAUCAUCAGCGACAUGAAGGGGAGUUAUCCAGUUUGGGAAGACUUCAUAAACAAGGCCGGAAAGCUACAGUCCCAGCUGCGGACAACAGUAGUAGCAGCAGCUGCCUUCUUGGAUGCCUUUCAGAAAGUGGCUGACAUGGCCACCAACACACGUGGUGGUACCCGGGAGAUCGGCUCAGCGCUCACCAGAAUGUGCAUGCGGCACCGGAGCAUCGAGGCCAAGCUGAGGCAAUUCUCCAGUGCUUUGAUCGAUUGCCUGAUAAACCCACUGCAAGAACAAAUGGAGGAAUGGAAGAAAGUGGCCAGCCAGCUGGACAAGGACCACGCAAAAGAAUAUAAGAAAGCUCGCCAAGAGAUAAAAAAGAAGUCCUCUGACACGUUGAAGCUGCAGAAGAAGGCCAAAAAAGUGGAUACCCAGGGGAGGGGCGACAUCCAGCCUCAGUUGGACAGCGCUCUCCAGGAUGUCAACGAUAAAUAUCUCCUGUUGGAGGAAACGGAAAAGCAGGCUGUGCGCAAAGCACUCAUCGAGGAACGAGGCCGGUUCUGCACCUUCAUCUCUAUGCUGCGGCCAGUGAUCGAGGAAGAGAUUUCCAUGUUAGGAGAGAUUACCCACCUUCAGACCAUAUCGGAGGACCUGAAGAGCCUGACCAUGGACCCUCACAAGCUGCCCUCCUCAAGUGAACAGGUGAUUUUGGACUUGAAAGGUUCUGACUAUAGUUGGUCGUAUCAGACGCCUCCUUCUUCUCCCAGUACAACCAUGUCCAGAAAGUCAAGUGUCUGCAGCAGCCUCAACAGCGUCAACAGCAGUGACUCGCGGUCCAGCGGGUCCCACUCACACUCGCCCAGCUCACAUUACCGGUACCGCAGCUCCAACCUGGCCCAGCAGGCCCCCGUGAGGCUGUCCAGCGUGUCCUCCCACGACUCUGGAUUCAUAUCCCAGGACGCCUUCCAGUCCAAGUCACCCUCUCCCAUGCCACCUGAGGCUGCCAACCAGUUGUCUAAUGGGUUUUCUCACUGUAGUUUAUCAAGUGAGGCCCAUGCAGGGCCCGUGGGUGCAGGCCCCUUCCCUCAUUGCCUGCCUGCCUCCCGCCUGCUCCCUCGGGUCACCUCUGUCCACCUUCCUGACUACGCUCAUUAUUACACCAUUGGGCCCGGCAUGUUCCCGUCAUCUCAGAUCCCUAGCUGGAAGGACUGGGCAAAGCCAGGGCCCUAUGACCAGCCACUGGUGAACACCCUCCAGCGACGCAAAGAGAAACGCGAGCCAGACUCCAAUGGGGGAGGACCCCCUACGACAGGAGGGCCACCUGCAGGUGCCGAAGAGGCGCAGAGACCGAGGAGCAUGACGGUGUCAGCUGCCACCAGGCCUGGUGAGGAGAUGGCGGCCUGUGAGGAACUGACACUCGCCCUGUCCCGGGGCCUCCAGCUGGACGUGCAGAGGAGCAGCCGGGACUCACUACAGUGCUCCAGCGGCUACAGCACCCAGACCACCACCCCGUGCUGUUCUGAGGAUACCAUCCCCUCCCAAGGUACGAGGCGCCCAGCUUGCCGUCCGGCUUUCCGGGCGGGUCCAGUUUCAGAUUACGAUUAUUUCUCUGUAAGUGGCGACCAGGAGGCAGAGCAGCAAGAAUUUGACAAGUCCUCCACCAUUCCAAGGAACAGUGACAUCAGCCAGUCUUACAGGCGGAUGUUCCAAGCCAAGCGUCCAGCCUCGACGGCUGGCCUGCCCACCACUCUCGGACCUGCUAUGGUCACACCGGGGGUGGCGACCAUCCGACGGACCCCUUCCACCAAGCCUUCUGUCCGCCGGGGGACCAUCGGGGCCGGUCCUAUUCCCAUCAAGACACCAGUGAUCCCUGUCAAAACCCCAACUGUCCCAGACCUCCCUGGGGUUUUGCCAUCCCCUCCAGAUGGGCCAGAGGAGCGGGGUGAGCACAGCCCUGAGUCUCCAUCUGUCGGGGAGGGGCCACAGGGUGUCAGCAGUAUACCCUCUUCCCUGUGGAGUGGCCAAGCGCCCAUCAACCCUCCACUUCCAGGCCCAAAGCCCAGUAUCCCUGAGGAACACAGACAGACGAUUCCAGAGAGCGAGGCUGAAGACCAGGAACGGGACCCCCCAAGUGCCACUGUCUCCCCAGGCCUGAUCCCAGAGAGCGACCCCGCAGACCUGAGCCCCAGAGAAAGUCCUCAGGGAGAAGACAUGCUGAACGCCAUCCGGAGGGGCGUGAAGCUGAAGAAGACGACCACCAACGAUCGCUCAGCACCGCGCUUCUCUUAGGUACUCCUGGUUCCCAGGAGAUGCUGCCAGCGGGAACGAACUCUAAUUAAUAAAGCCUAAUUUGUCUUGAUCCAUUCCAGUCUAUAAUCAAGCAAACGAUUUUGUAGGCAAUUCGGAAUUAUGCUCUUUUCAAAGUAUUCAACAUCUUUAGAUAAGAAUUAAAAGCAACAUAUGUAAUUGACAUAACCUUGAUCUUUUAAUUUGUAAAUAUUGACGGUUUCUUUCUGCAUAUUUUAACCUUAGUUUCCCUUUUGAUUUUUCUGAAGGUGCCAAAUUCCAUUUAACUUUUUUACAGGUCUUUGUAAAAUUUUAAAAGCAUAAAGGGGAGCGGGGUGGGUUGGGAUGGGGAACCUUGGAGUAAUUUCACAAGAGGAUUACAUACUUAGUUGUUUUUCUUUUUUCCUUCCCUCACGCUUUUGUAGGUGCAUUGUAGUUGUCUAGUUUAGAAGCAAAUUCAAGUUAUUUUAAUGGAUAAACACAACAGAUAAGGGGUGAAACCCUCACUAACAUAUACUGUGUUCUGGAGGAGAAACGCAGGAGUAACCGUUGAGCAGUAUGCAGAGAAGGAAACCGGACAUGGUGGACUGUGUGGGGAUUGGGGGGAGGGCUGGGGGAGGGGCACACUGUCAACAUAGCCAAUCCUGUUACAUUUAAGAGUAGCCUUGUAGGUUGAAUUUCCAGUAGCUUCAUGGUUAACGCAUCUGAAUAAGCCAUACUAGAUUGCAGUGUUUGUUUCUGUAAGGAUUUUAAGGACUUCCUUUCUCCUAGCAUUCCUCUUGACCACCCACACAGCGCCCACACCCGGUCCUGCGCAUGCUGCUGCCAUGGGUAGACAUAGUCCCUCCUUUACUUUCUCGUCUCUUAUACUCACUUCCACUGAAUCCAAAUACAUCCGAAGGGGUAAGGCAAUUCAGAAAACGUGCAAACAUUUAAAAAAUGAUAGCAGGGAAUUCUUAGAUAAUAGAAAAUGCCUUUUACUUAACUGUGCCCAGCAGGCUGGGUGCGUUGAAAAGCCCAGAUAUUUUGAAGAAAAAAAAAAUUCAAACAGAUUUAUCAAGGGUAACCAGCUUGGAGUCUAGCAAUUUUGCCAAUGUGCUUACCAAUCUGGGGGCUUGUUUUUCUUCCCUUCCUUAAAUGAGGACAGUUGAUUGGCUUUUAAAAACACCAGAGCAAAAAGGAUUUAUUUACUGUCAACUGGGAGUCUGAUUUCAAAUCAGGCAAUGUUUUUUUCUUCUUCUUUUUUUAAAAGCGAAUUUGUCUUUUUUUUUUUUUAAAGUGGAAGUUAAAUUUGUUACAAUGCCCAUCCUGAAAGUCAACAGAGAACUGUAGAUUUCAAGAGCUCACGCUUAAAGACAGCUGUUAAAGGGCAUGGCCCUCGGCAGUACAGCAGCUGACAGUACACGCUUGACAUUUUGGGCAGGAGACUUGGUGGGUCCCAUGUGCUCCACAGAUCCCUGUUGGCUCUAGCCUCUGAUGACGUAAUCUUCUACUUUAACACAUAACCACAUCGGAUGUGAGAGUAACGUUCCUCUAGUCAUUGUUCUAUAGAUUAACAUUUAACACUGCUGUGAUUGAUUGCUCAAAGGACAUUUUAUGUUAUGGCUUUAAAGCAAAGGCAUGAUUAUUAGAAAUGACUUAAGCUCUUUUCUUUGAAAAACAAGCUCCUUUUACAGACUAUAAGCAAACAGUAGUGCCUGUGGUUUAGCCCGCCAAUCUUGAUGACUCAAAGUAGCUGAUGCAUUGUGCAUAUGACGCUUGAGAUGGUUUUUGCAGAUGCAGAAAUCGCCGCAAGGUCAUCCUAAUAGAUACAAGUGGUAUUUUAAACCUUUGAAAGGAAUGGAUGUAACUGUACGCUGGUACAGCUUUUCACUUGUUUAGUUUUUAAACGUUAGUAUAAUCUGAAUAAAGUUAAUAUAAACUGUUGCCAAAUUCAAUGUAGAAAGAAUGUGACAAACACCUUGGGUAGUUCUGUUUGUGUUUUUGCAUAUUGUAAAAGCAGUGUCACAGCUGAAAACGAACCCUUUCUAAAGGUAAAUUAUUGUGAUUUAGUUGCUAGUUUGUAUUGAGAGUUGACCUCUCCCUGUGCAGUUUUUGUUUGAAACUUGUAUAGAUAACAGCGUGUAAUGUGUCUCCCUUCUACAUUGUAACAGUUGCUUCUGCCUACCUUAUAAAUAAAGAAUCACUAAGA